AUGUAUAUACUCAUUGAGUUCACUGAAGAGAAGUGUCUGGCAAUAAUACCAGAAAAUUGGAGACUUGGCAGAACGAGUGCACUAUGGCCCAAUACGCAAAAUAUAGCCAAACUACAGAAAAUGGUCCGAUUAAAGCAGGAUCCUGAUGAGCAGGAAUGGGAGUCCUAUCCAAUGAGAGUCUUGUAUGAAAAUGCACGUGACGUGAGGCUGUUUACUGUUCUCGAGCAGAUAAAAUCAUCACAGCUCAAACAGCAAAAAACGAUGGAAUCUAUCCUAAAAAUUGUAGAAGGCAAUGCCUCCCAACAGACUGCUGAGCCAGUUUCGCGUUCGGACAUACCAGAGGACAUAGAAUUUCCCCUCAACAAUUUAGAGGAAUUGAAUGCCUUCGAAGUCAGAUUGGAGGACAUAAAUGUCCAAAAAUCUGUUAUUAAUCAUCUGUCUGUUGUUGGAGGGAAAACACCCAAGGACAUGGUCAGGAGGGUUCUUAAGAACACUGUAAAGUCAAGCCUUGCAAGCCAGUACAACUGGUAUGGCAAAAAAGGGAAAAUGCCCUUUGGUAAGCUGCGGCUUACUACUGUUCUACAGAAGGCAGUUAGGAAAGUUAAACCCGAUUGUUCGGAAUUGGAGGUGGAGUUAGCCACUCGAGAAUGGCUACGAACUGCCACAGACCGCGAUGGUGGCCGAAAAAGACGCCAUGUUGACAUGGUGCCAGAGCCUGUGCCAGAUCAUAGAGAACAGGAUCAGGAAAUUUCCGAUAAUGAUCUGGACAAUGAUGCUGAAACUGAUGUGUCAGAUGAACAAUAA